GUGUGUACACACCUCCAUGCCACCGGCAAAAACCGGAGGCCGGGAAGAAGAAGCAGCUACUCCAUCGGGAAGCAACGGAGUUACGUGCUAAAAAAAUCAUGUCCACCGAUGAUAGUUGUAGUGACAGCAGUUCCUCCAGCGACGAAAGACACCGGAAACGGAAGCACAAGAAGCAUAGCAAAGAUGUGGACAAGUCCAAAAAGAAGAAGUCAAAAAAGCACAAGAAGGAGAAGCGUCGCCACAAGGAGAAAAAGCGCAGCAAGCAGGAGGAGGAGCAGCCAGUGACUUAUCCCCAACCUCCAGCUUUGUUGAAUGCACCUUCUCCAGAUGUGGCUUCAAAUAGCGAAGAUGCCUUCGGUCCUGCCCUGCCACCGCAUUUGAGAAAACCAAAUCAACCGGAAAUUGAAGAGGAUAUCCAACCGAAAACACAACCGCAUGCCAUAAUUGGACCCAUUCUGCCUAGCAGUUUGGCUCAAGAAAAGUCGCCUAUUAAAGAUGCCGAUGCGGAGGAUGAUGAUGAUGAUCUAGCUGGCACAUUUGGCCCCCUGCCAAACGCCAGCCAAGUGGCCUUGGAGGAGCGUGCUCUGGCCCUCAAAUUGGCAGCUCUGGAGGGCGGAGGAUUGGGUACUUCAGCAGACCAAGAAGUGCGCGAAGAGUGGAUGCUGGAACUUCCAGAUGUGGGAUUAAAAAGCGGUCUUGCCGCCCUCAGCAAUAUGAAGCGCACCUUCCAUCAGGGAAAGGAGCGACCUGACUUCAGCGAUCGAACCUCAUGGACAAAGACGCCCCAGAGUGAAGCGGCUGCUGCUGCAGCGGGUCCAAAAUCCCUCAGCUCCAAGGAACUGGAGCAGAUGGCUCAGUUGAAGUACGAGCAGCAGCGCGAUGAUGAACAGGAGAGCAUGGCCAAGAAACACAAAAAGAAGCACAAACGUGAGGAGUCUCUGGUGGAUCUGCACCAGAAAAAGCUAAGGAAGGAGCAGAGGGAAAAGGAAAAGGAACUGGCUGCCUCGGGUUCCAAGCCAGAAAGAAGACCCUUCAGCAGGGAUGUGGACCUGAAGCUCAACAAGAUCGACAAGAAUCAAACCAAGCAGAUUGUGGACAAGGCCAAGAUACUCAACACCAAGUUUUCUAGGGGUCAGGCGAAGUAUUUGUAAAAUGGAUGGACCAUAUUAAAUUCAAUAUACACAAUUUUUAAGAAAUUUACUAGGUUGUAUGUUUAAAAUAAGUAAUAUAGAUACAAUUAUUUGAAAACGCUCAAAAUUAGUAUUUUUAAGUAAAUAUAAAUUGGACUUUUUA